AAAAUGUCAAUCGAUCUAACCAACGACGAUUCAACACAACGUUCGUCUGAAGCGUUCUCGUCUGUUUUACGUCCUACGGUGGUAUCACCUUCAGUUGCUCGUGAGACCUAUACAUCUGCCAGCAUCAAACAACUGCUUAUUCGCGGCAAGAACCACUACAAGGUUUUGCCGAACCCCAAUAAACGUGCAACUGCGGCCUGCUGGGCUAAAUUUGGUUUCCCAGGUGUCCGAAAAGAUAACGAAGAAAAUGGAGAAUUUAGCAUUAUCAUGGGUUUUGCAAGUUGCAACGUCUGCUUCGAUACUUAUCUUUUCAACGAUUCUAGCACUACUAAUUUAAACAACCAUCGAUGCUCACUGGAUGAGCGACAAAGUCGACUCUCAUUUAAUAGUUCAUCAAGUCCUGUUCGUAAUGCCAUUGGUACCAAAAUAAUUUCCAAGAAGAAAGACAAUUUAAAAAAAUUAUGUGCUAGCUGGAUGGCUAGUUCCAUGCGACCAUUUUCCAUCGUAACAGAUCCUGGCUUUAAACAUAUUUUGCAAGAAUGUUUGACAAUAGGUCGUGAAUUUCGGGCACAAGGUGAAUUAUUAAUUGACGAUCUUCUUCCAUCUGAUCGAACUGUUCGCAACGAAGUCGACCGUGCUGCCGAACAUGGACGUAAUAUUCUUAAAACUAAAUUAAUCGCUGCAGCUGAAGAUUAUCGUUUAUCGAUUAGCCCCGAUAUUUGCGUCCGUCGAACUGAAUUAACUCCAACAAAAACUGAAACGACAACCAUCACAACACGAGCUCUUACUCAAGCUUCACCAGAAUUAUCAGACGAAGAGGAAGAAUUAAGAAAUGCUGCUGAAACAGACGAUUCAUCAGACGAAGAGACCGACACCGAUGAUGAGGAAGUCGAUUAUACUGCCGCCACAGUUGAUGAUAUACCAGUGUCUGCAAAAGCCAUUCUUGACGUAAUUAAAAAUUGUAAAUCACUUGUGAAAUAUGUUAAAAAGGCAAAUCUCAAUCGCCAAUUACAACUAGAACGUGAGAAGCAGAACAACAUCGAACAAAUCAAUGAUGACAGAUGGAGAAAUGUACUCAAAGAAGUUCAAAUCGGAACUGCUCCUUCUCUCUAUUGUGUUUUACCAUGUAUUACUUAUCUUCGAGAACAAAUGAUCAAUGGGGAGAAAAAAGAAAAAGGAGGAAUCAAAUUCUUCUACAAACGUGCAGUGCAGUUACUUGAUAAAAUGUUCACCAUGGAAGACGAUUAUAUUCGAGCUUCCUUUUUACAUCCUAAUUAUAAACAAUUGCGUGGAGCAACGCAAGAACAAAUCGAAUCUUGUUAUAAUUUUUGUCGAGAUUUCAUUUUACCUUCUAACACGAUGAAUGAUUCGAUUAGAACUGAUGAAAACAUUAUUCAACCACCUGCAAAGAAGCUCAAGUUCAUGACACAAUUAAUGGAUAAGAAGGAAACAGAACCAGCAUCUGCUGAUGAGAUUGAUCAUUAUAUUGCACUUACAGUGGAAGAAGAAUAUACAGAUCCUCUGGUCUUUUGGCGACAAGAACGUAAUCAAUUGGCUUUUCCAACAUUAUAUCGUCUUGCUAAACGCACAUUUGCAGCACCUUGUAGCUCUGCCUCUGUUGAGCGGCAAUUUAGCGCCGCAGGUCAAAUCAUAACACAAAGACGCUCGAAUCUCGAUCCUUCAACGGUAAACAACUUAAUUUUUUUACGUUCAUUUGAAAACAACAAAUAA